AUGACUGGCGCGCGAUCCAAGGCGCAACUGCCGCCGGAACCACCUCCUCCUGUGGAUGGGUCGGGAGGGAAGAAGAGGAUGGACGGGCUGCCGGCGCAGCUUCCCAAGAUGGAUUUCACGCUUCCGCGACAAGCCGACGAUCGGGUUCAAGAUCUCUCCAUCUCGCACGGCAUUUCCUCGAGCCCGACCUUCUUGGGACCCAGCGGCGCGCAUGGGAGGCGGCCUCGGCCGGUUUCGAGCCAUCGACGCCCAUACGUCAACCGGUCCUCGUGGUGGCCAGUUGUCAAGGCCCCCGAUGAGCGCCUUUGGCCGACCCGUCGGUCCGAUGCCAGGCCAUCCUGUCAUAGCAUGCCCUGA